ACACACAUACAGAGCGAGCGAGUCGGCACAGAAUCCCGCGGCGAGGAGAGCUAACGCCUAUAGCCUGUGUGUGUUUGGGCUCUUUCUCCUCGUCAGUUCAACCUGGGCCCUGCUGGUACGCAGGCGAACGAACGCGCUGAGUCCAGGGCUGUUAGUCGCUCCUGUUCCGUGUACACAUAACUCCAGCUCGGGCGCGUACGUACUGCCGUCGGCGUUGUCCUCGCCGUCCACACGGAUCCCGAUAGUCCGCGCGCGCGAUACGCGUACUCACGACGCUGCUCCUGUUUUUUUUUUUUAUACAAAAAACAACAACGCACGUGUACGUUUUUCGUCGACGACGAGUAUUACAAGCGCGUAUAUAGUAUAUACCUUUGUUGCGCUGCCAAGUCAGGCGAGAGUGCUGGUAGACGGGAGAGAGAGAGAGAGAGAACGAGAGAAGUGUGCGCCGAGCGCGAGAGCAAGAGAGACAGAGCCAGGUGCGAGAGAAGCAACAGUACGUAGCGAGCGUUUGUCAUCAGGAUGGUGUCGAAGGACGUCGUGAAACCGGGUGUGAGGGAAAGCAUGAACCCUUACGAGAAGCCGCCGAGCGUCGCGUUCGGCAAGUCCGUGAGGCUCUUCCUCUACAACCCGGAGACGGGGGCCUUCAUGGGCAGGACGGCCAGCAGUUGGGGAAAAAUCGGCCUGUUCUACCUGAUAUUCUACGGAGUAUUGGCUGCCUUGGUCGCGAUCUGUUUCUGGGGAUUCUUCCAGACUCUCGACCCUCGAAGACCCACGUGGCAGCUGGAAGCUUCCAUUAUCGGCACGAAUCCUGGUCUGGGAUUCAGGCCACUGCCACCACCAGAGAACGUUGAGAGUACACUUAUUUGGUACAAAGGAACUGACAGGAACAACUACGGGCACUGGACAGAUGCGCUCACGAAGUUCUUGAAACCUUACCGAACCCCUGGAGGAACGCCCGGACGUGGUGCGAAUAUACACAACUGCAGGUACGACGACCCGCCGAAACCAGGACAGGUUUGCUCCGUCGACGUGCAGAAUUGGGCGCCUUGCACUGCCGAGAACAAUUUUGGAUAUCACACGUCUUCUCCCUGUAUCUUCCUCAAGCUAAACAAAAUAUUCGGCUGGAGACCAGAGUAUUACAAUGACACUUCGGACCUGCCUGCGAAAAUGCCAGAAAAGUUGAAGAGCCACAUCAAGAGCGUGGGUAACCCAGCAGAGCGCAACACGGUUUGGGUGUCCUGCGAAGGCGAGAAUCCAGCUGACCAAGAGAACGUUGGGCCUAUCAACGUUAUCCCACGACAGGGCUUCCCAGGAUACUAUUAUCCCUACGAGAAUUCCGAGGGCUAUCUCAGUCCGCUAGUCGCUGUGCAUUUCGAAAGGCCACGAACUGGCAUCCUCAUUAAUGUAGAAUGCAAGGCAUGGGCGAAGAAUAUCAUCCACAACCGAAACGAUAAGCUGGGCUCUGUGCAUUUCGAGCUGCUCAUCGACUAAGAAAAUAUUCUCAAAGCUGUAUUCAUUCGUUCACCAUUCGACUCUUCAUGGGCAUAAUUCUCGAAUCUGGGCUUGUUUCUAGAUCUUCCGACUGUUAUCGUUAUUUAAUUUAGGUCAAACACAUUGAGAUAGUUCAGCAUUUCAUUAAGUAUUAUUCACAAUCAUUCCAUAAUUGAUACGUACUUGCGACUUGAAGAAUUUUGUAUAUUUUAUAACGUUAAAAUGUCAAAGAUCUAGAAGUUGCCCAAAAGCCCUCGUUGCCGUUCUGUUUUUCGCCUGUGCAAGUAAGCAGAAACAGUGCAGAAUAAUACAUUGAUAUGAAGAAAAAAGACGCAGUAGGUGCGAUCUACUUUCUAUCGGUGUAUGAUCGUCGAAGACUCAUUACAACCUUCGGGGAUUUCUUUUGAAGCCCCAGCCUGCGCAACCAAAUGUUUUAAGUAAUUUCAUGCGAUCGCUAAGCAGUAUCUUUUGGGUAUGAAAGGAUUGUCUAUACAAAGUAUAAACAAUUAUUCCCAACGAUUUGUACAAUUGUAUUAAAAACAAUGUCUCCCUUGAUGAAAAGCAGAAACUAAUGAACCAUUUCAAUUUUUCAUUCAGGGAACACAUAUUAACGAACAACGUCCCCAUGUGCGAUGUUAUUCAGUGACACAUACACUCGCAUAUCAAAACACUACAAACACAACACAACCCUACACUAAAUACACAUACAUGCGUACGGAGUAGUUUAAUUGUAGAUUAUAGUUGCGUAAGUUGCAAAAAUCUAUUCUGAUGGUCCAUGCUCGAUUUUGUGAUCUCCAAAAUAAUUUAGAGAAAGCAAAGGUAAAGCCAACAUUUUAGCGUAUUUGAUUUAUUUUAUAUGGUUAAACUGAAAUCAUGGAAGCAAUCUGACGACCUCAUGCGAUUGAAGCGUAUUGCAAUUCUUUUAAAAAGUGAUUUUUUUUUAAAGAUUGAAUUAUGACCGAUACAAAAACUGCGAAUUAAUUGUAAAAAGACAAUACUUUAUAAUUUUAUAUUUAUUAAUUUGUGUGUGAUUAUUUUAUUCGUGAUCUAACAAGUCGCAUUCAAAAGGCGUUUUGGAAAAGUUUUCGAAUUAAAAUUUUUGUAAUGUUUACCUUUUAUAUGAUUAUUGUACCAUAUUUGAAAUUUUGUAUUUCUCGAUACGACAGUCGAACAAUCUCGUGAUACUAUAUAGCUUCUUAUACCUGCCAGGCAAGAAGUUCGAACAUGUUUGCUAAGUUUUUAAAAAUUAUUAUACAAAUAUAUACACCAAGAUACAGCGCAAGAAACCUCGAUCGAAUGUAUAAAUUAUACGCUCAUCUGCUACCGUAUGCAGAAAUGUAAAACUAAUAAAUAGUGAAAAAGACGCUCUAGAACUUUCGGGCUAAAUAUUUUAUCAAUCAACGUACCUUGUAAAUUGUUAAUAUGUUUAACUUUAAAGACAGCACUUAAGUAAUUAAUGAUAUGAGUACACUGUAAAACAAAAUAAUAGGCUGUAAAAUUUAUGAAAAUUUGAUUUGGAAUUCAUAUAACUAUACCAAAAUAAUUUUUAUUAAAACUUCUAACAAACUGUAAUUUAUACACUAUAAAUUUAUCAUUAGUGCCUGAAAUCUAGUGUAAGAACAAUGUUAACUAUAAAUAUCUCGUUAAUAUAUUGCAUACAUUAGCCAAGCAUUCAGAUAAAUAUUAAUUCGCGUUGCGAGUGAAUUAUAAGACAUUUUUCACGCCAGGUAUUGCAGAGUAGUGAUCAAUUUUAAACCUACUUGUGUCUACGCUGUGUGUCACAGAGAACUCCAUUUUUGCAUUAGUAGGUUUGCAGACAAAAUGAAAACUGGUUUUUGAUAAUAUUUCGGUCAUUGUUUCUAUAAAUUUUUUGUAAAAUGGAUGCUUUCUGCGGAACAAAAAACAAGAUACGUGGUGGAAUAGAUACCAAUAAGCACUGCGGAAAAAGGAUUUCUAUUUUUAAAUAUCACGUACCUAUAAAUAUACAACAAAAGUGUGUAAACAUAAAACAAGAAAUAAAACGUUUUUCGUCA